AAUAUAAGGUUUUUUUUUAAUAAUUGGGGAAACUCAGCUGCAAGAGAGGACCUUCUUUCGAAGGAAUAGUUGUGUUGGGGCAAUGGCGUCCUCGGAGGAGAAGGAAGCUUCAAGCUCCACCCCUAAUCGGAAAGUAUCGUGCACUGCUAGCUUCGACGCGCUCUGGUUCUGCUACUCGCCGGUUCAUCAAAUGCAGCAGUAUUACAGGCUUGGCGUUCUUGACAAUUGUUCCCGCCAAUGGAAAGCCAUGGUUGAUUGCUUAAUGCUCAAGACCAAACCCGCAUCUGAAGUUCAGGAAAUUCUGGAAACUGAAGAGAAAUCAAAGUCAAAGUCACACAUCUGGACUUUUCGGACACCAGAAGAAGCUUCUUACUACUGGAAAGAACUUUAUGGUCAUUUAGACGACGAGCCUGAAUGAUGAAAAUAAAAUUGUGCAAAUAAAUGUCAUUUAGUACGUCCUGAUUUUGCCAAAUGUCAUGAUUGUGAGGAUGACACUAUUAGAGAUCAAAGAAAUCCAUACCUAGGUGAAGAACCCUGACAGUGAGUUUUAUUUUCCUUAUUGUGCAGUCAUCACUGAGUACUGCAUUUUGAAUUUUGGAUUACUUUGCACAUUGAGUUUCUAAUAAUGAUUAAAAAUUGUAGUGGCUCUUUUGAAAUACUGCAUUAGUUUUAA